AUGCGAAGGGUAGUCGUCACCGGUCUCGGAGCCAUCACUCCGCUCGCCGCCGGCAUCAAACAGACAUGGCGUCGACUUUUGGAUUCUCACAGCGGCAUCGUCUCGACUUCCACCAAGGGAUCUCCGUUCGAUACACUCCCCAGUCGCGUUGCCGGUCUGGUCCCUCUCGGCAGUCGCGAAAGUGGAAAAUGGCAAGCGAAAGACUGGCUGCACGCAAGCGAUGAACGGCAGAUGGCGUUGUUCGCGCAGUAUGCCAUUGCAUCCGCUCAAGAAGCAUUAGAUGAUGCGGGAUGGCAUCCCACAGAACAGGCAGAUCUUGAAGCAACGGGCGUCACCAUCGGAUCUGGAAUUGGCAAUCUAGAUGAAGCCUACAACACUUCCAUCGCCUUUCACGAACACGGCUAUCGAAAAGUGUCGCCGUUGUUCGUCCCGAGACUCCUCAUCAAUCUUGCGGCCGGGCAUAUUUCCAUCAGAUAUGGCUUUCAGGGCCCGAACCAUGCGGCAACAACGGCCUGUACGACUGGAAUCCAUGCGAUUGGAGAUGCUUCGAGAUUGAUUGCUUUCGGUGAUGCGAACGUCAUGGUGGCAGGUGGAGCGGAGUCGUGUAUUCAUCCACUGGCUAUUGCAGGAUUUGCUCGAGCGAGAAGUCUGGCGACGGAAUGGAAUGAUGAUCCGAAGGCUUCGUCGAGGCCAUUUGAUCGACAUCGAGCAGGUUUUGUUAUUGGAGAGGGUGCAGGUGUGGUGGUGCUUGAGGAACUUGAACACGCCAAAGCUCGCAAAGCCGACAUCUACGCCGAAAUCAAGGGUUACGGUCUCUCCUCGGACGCCUACCACAUGACUGCUCCGAAAGAAGAUGGCGCAGGCGCAUUUCUCGCCAUGCGACAAGCGCUGAAGCACGCCCAGCUGAAGCCAGGUCAAAUCGAUUACAUCAACGCCCAUGCCACUUCCACCCGGCUAGGAGAUGCCGCAGAGAACAACGCCAUCAAGAGGCUUCUGCUCGGCGAAGGGGGCAAGGAGAAGGCGUCCGAGAUCAAUGUCAGCAGCACGAAAGGCGCGGUUGGACAUCUUCUCGGUGCGGCGGGUGCAGUGGAAGCCAUUUUCACCAUGCUGGCAGUACAUCAUAACGUCCUACCGCCGACUCUCAACCUCGACAAUCCUGGCGAUCCACCCGAGGACUACGAUUGCAACUACGUCCCAGGCGUAGCACAACAACACACUGUCAACGCUGCUUUGACCAACAGUUUUGGAUUUGGCGGGACGAACGCUAGUCUCUGCAUUGCAAAGUAUGAGUGA